ACUCGCUCGUCGGAGUACGCCACCGGAAGCGGUAGUUCCUUUUACGAUUCGUGUGCAACUCUCGUUGACAGAGGAGGUUAUAGCUGUUAUAAUUCCGAGAAAUGCCGCCGAAAAGAGGAAAGGUACAGAAGGAAGAGGUGCAGGUCUCCCUCGGACCUCAGCUUCGCGAGGGAGAGGUCGUCUUCGGGGUGGCUCACAUCUUCGCCAGCUUCAAUGACACGUUUGUGCACGUUACCGACUUGUCGGGCAGGGAAACGAUCGCCAGAGUCACCGGUGGUAUGAAGGUGAAGGCAGAUCGUGAUGAAGCCUCGCCGUACGCAGCUAUGCUUGCAGCUCAGGAUGUUGCGGAAAAAUGCAAAUCAUUGGGCAUCACAGCGCUGCAUAUUAAAUUGAGAGCUACGGGAGGCAACAAAACAAAGACCCCUGGCCCGGGUGCACAGUCUGCUCUGCGCGCUUUAGCUCGUUCGAGCAUGAAGAUUGGUCGUAUCGAAGACGUUACUCCUAUCCCGUCGGAUUCUACUCGCAGGAAGGGAGGUCGUCGUGGACGUAGGCUAUAAGCUAUUCUUAUGGCUUUCUAUAUGGUUUAUCUUUCAAUAAAUAUUUAAAAAGAGA